AAUAAGUUUACCAUGGCAAUGUCUGCCAAAGUUGCUUUAGACAAAAACAUGUGACACAUUAUUUAACUGAAAAGUGAGUGAAUGCUGAGGAUGUGAAUAAUACCGAGGCAAAAUAAUAGUUCAUAUACUAAGGAACACUUUCCACUUCCGAACUAGCUGUAAGUUAAAUCACUAGUUUAUCACUGUAUUUGCUCUGACAAUCCUUACAGGACAUUUAUUGACCAGUAAGUUGCGCUUUGUUUAAUUGGGAAGUCAUUGUCGAGAAGGGAUAUUUCGAAUGAUGUUGAUGCUGUCUCACGAGAUCGAUAUCCCUUAUUGCAUGGUUUGUAAAGCUGUGGUGUUUUUGGAUUCCACAGUUAAGCGGGUUUCUUAUGAAAGUCUCUAGAAACGCCACAAAACUAUGAAAUAUUGCAAGCAAAGUCAAACAUAUAUCAUCUCCAAUUACGCUUCUCAGACAGACAAACCCAUCCCUGCAUGAAAUUACUUCCCUGUAUUGUCUACAUACUGUAGGAGGAAUAUUCGCCUCGGCUGACGCCCGUCCGCGCUGUUGAUUUUUCUGUGCCUUCUGAUUGGUCAGAGCGAUAUGGCGGAGGCUCACGGGAUAUCAAGAUGGCCGCGUCCAUUUGAAUCCCUGUGUUGUUAUUCUUAGUUUUUUACGUCUGGUCUUUUUUCCCACGGAAUUCAGUAUUUGUUUUGUUUCAGUUUGUCAAAAACUGUCAUCCUCUUAUAUUGAACGUAAAUACAUCAAGGGACUCCGAGAUCCGGCGGUAGACGAUUCGUUACUAACAGAAAUAAUGCUGAUAUCUGGAACUCAUGUCGAACGUCUAUGAAGAGAGAGCCACAAUGAUAGCCGCAGGCGAAUUGCAGGAGUUUGUUCCGUUCGGUCGCGAGCACUGUAAGAAUCACCCCAACGCCGUGAACCUGCAGCUGCGACAGCUUCAGCCGGCCUCCGAGCUGUGGUGCUCCGAUGGGGCAGCCGGGCUGGUGGGGUCUCUUCGGGAGGUAACGCUGCAGGAGAAGGAGAGGGAGAGCUGGCAGCUGAGGAAGGGAGCUGGUGGAGAGGUCCACGGGGUGGAGUUUGAAGAGGAGCUGUAUGCGGCUGGGAACAUGGUGAUAUGGAGCCGGGGGAGCAAGAAUCAGGCUUCGUAUGUAUACAAGGCUUUCACCGUGGACAGUCCUGUCCUACAGGCCUUGUGGUGUAAUUUUGGUGUACCCGAGGAAGAUAGAGAAGAACAAGAAGUCGUGGAGCAAACUGUUUGCGUUGUUCAGAGGACGUGUGUGAAUGUUCACAGUAUUACUGGGAAAGACUUCAUCUCCCCUUUGCCCUUCCAGGUAUCAGCUGUGUGGCCGACCAAGUUUGGCUUGCUGUUUGAACGUAAAAAUCCUACUUCUGAUUUCCCACAGAGUCCUCCAAGAGAGCCACUGCCAACAAUUUUUAGCAUGAGACAUCCACUGGAUGAAAUUGCCCCUGUUAUCUGCAAGUCAACAGGUCUGUUUGAAGCCGCACAGGUGCAGUAUGUGGCCGACAGCACGCUGAGGAUUGUUUUCACGAGCUGCGAGCCAGCGAUCAUCAUGACCUACGACACGGUUCAGUACACUCACACUGUCUGGGCGCUGCGCAGAGUGACUCAAGAGGAGCAGUUUGUGGUUCUGAAAUACCCGGAGCAGAUCGGUACUCCACAGAAACUGGUGGCCACCAGCUCUUUCACUGCCCACCUCCGGAAUGUCUCCAAAAUGGAUUCGCCCUCUGGCUCCCCAUUCCAGAGCUACUCCCUGCACAACCAGAGCAGGAUAACGGCCUCUCCGGGGCUCUACUCCCGAUCCCACUCCCCAUCCAUAUCAAACAUGGCGGCUCUCAGUCGUUCUUACUCCCCUGCCAUUGGGAUGCCUUCCUUCUCCGAAGCCCCUCGGUUCAACACGUCCCUGUACUCCCCCUCGCCCAAGAACCACAGCGUGUGCCACUCUCCAAACAGCACUCUGAACGACUCUUUCCAGGCUCCGGAGACCGAGCCCAUAGUGCCGGAGCUGUGCAUGGAGCAGCUCUGGACGGAGACUGCAUCCAGUUCCAGGGAGAAGAGCUGCCAAGCAACAAAGGUGUUCACCACAACUGACCUCUGUGAUCACAGGUUUCUGUGCUUCCUGGUGGAAUCCCAGCAGCAGCUGAGGUGUGUAAAAUUCAUUGAGAGCAAUGACUCGUCUCAAUUGAUAUUUGUUUCUGUCACCACAAUCCCUGCGAAAGAUGCGGCCCCACUAGAGAAUAUCAGUGCCAUGCUGGUCCUGGAAACCAAUGGGAGUCUGGUUUUGUACACUGGAAUCUCCCGGGUGGGGAAGGUGUAUAUUCCUGGGCUCCCAGCUCCUUCGUGCAGCUUGUCGAACCCCAUGCCGCGCCCAAGCACCCCACUGGACAGUAUCAGCACCCCGGCCAGGUCUCUGAGCAGACACGUAGGCCGUCUGGAUGAGGUUGUGAUGCUUUCUCCUGUUUCUGAAUUAAGAGGCUCUCCUAAGCAUCAUGAAUCCUCCUUGUUGGAUGACACUGCCUUUCAGCAGAUAGGAGCUUAUAUUCAUUCUCUUAGAGACCCUGUUCGCAAUCGAGUUACUUUGGAGAUGAGUAAUGGCUCAAUGCUAAGGAUAACCAUUCCUGAGAUGGCGACAUCAGAACUGGUGAAAAAAUGCCUGCUCGCAAUCAAGUUCAUCCUGCCUAAAGAGACGGCGGUGAAGGUGCUCGUUAAAUGGUACAACAUCCACAACGCACCGGGCGGCCCCAGCUCUCACUCCGAGUGGAACCUGUUUGUGACAUGCCUCAUGACUCUGAUGGGCUACAACACCGACAGGCUGGCGUGGAUGCGCAGUCUUGAUUUUGAAGGAUCUCUUUCCCCUGUGAUUGCUCCAAAAAAAGCCCGGCCUUCAGAGAUGGGAUCAGACGAUGACUGGGAGUAUCAGAUGAGCUCCGACUACCACCGGCAGCUGGAGUCGAGGCUCUUGGCUAGCGCGCUGUAUUUGGAUCCGCUCGGGGCCCUGCCGCCCAGCGAGGACCCCUCGCCCCCGCUCGGCCUCGACGCCACCGCCCCGCUCUUCGGCCACAUCCCCGCCCUCUUCUUCGUCCUGCACCUGGUGUACGAGGAGCUGAAGCUGGACACCCUCAUGCGGAAGGGCACGCGCUCACUUGUCCUCCUCCUGCAGCAGCUGGCAAGGGAUCUGCACUUGGAAGAGUAUAUUGAUUUCUAUUGGCGUGAUUACCCCUCCUUCAUUAGAACCUUUAAAGAAGUGUGUGUGAUUGACCAAGCUCAGAUUGGCCAGAUGAAUAAGCCAUCCUUCUUCACCUCCGAGCCCCCGUCUGUGCUGAGGUGGCUGAGCUCCUGUUUGAAGAGCGAGGAAGUCUUGCCUUUCCCAUAUUUACCUGGCAUCUGUGAAAGAACAAAGCUGCUUGUUUUGAGCUUUGCUUUGUACAUUGUCGGGGAUGACAGCGCCGUUUCCAGUGAAGUUUCCAAAUACUUGUUGAGAAUCUCAGCAGGUAGGAAUCCCUCUGGGAAGCUUCCUAUGAGCAAGGUGUGCUGCCACUCUCAAAUGAUUAGCACUUCACGCCGGUGACCGCAACAGAUGGCUUGUUCUGUGGUUUUCUCUGUAGGUUUUACGCUCAAAGACCUGGAAUCUGUUCCCUUUGGUGUCGCUCUUCCCGUCAGAGAUGCCAUAUACCAGUGUCGCGAACAGCCGUCCUCGGAGUGGUCAGAAGACGUGUGCUUGCUGAUUGGCCGGCAGGACCUGACCAAACAGGCACACGAGUUCACGCUGGCCAAAGGGAAAUCGACGGUUGGCCAGGGAAUAACGCUCGACAUGCCGUCUGCCAGUGAGGCAGAAGAGGAGGAUGAUGGGAUGAAUGACAUGAACCACGAGGUGAUGUCUCUGAUCUGGAGCCAAGACCUGCGGGUGCAGGAAGUGAGGCGGCUGCUGCAGAGCUCCCGCCCCGUGAGGGUCAAUGUGGUCCACCUGCCCGAAGUCAGCGACCACGAGUACAUCGAAGAGAAGGAGAACAAGUUGCUGCAGCUGUGUCAGCGCACCAUGGCCCUGCCUGUAGGGAGGGGGCUGUUUACGCUGUUUUCCCAUCACCCUGUGCUAACAGAGCCCCUCCCAAUCCCCAAACUCAAUCUGACCGGUCGAGGCCCGCCCAGGAACACCACCGUAGAUCUCAACAGCGGCAACAUUGACGUCCCUCCCAACAUGACCAGCUGGUCCAGCUUCCACAACGGCGUGGCAGCUGGCCUGAAGAUCGCCCCGGCCUCCCAGGUGGACUCUGCCUGGAUAGCCUACAACAAGCCCAAGAACUCGGAGCUGGCCAAUGAAUACGCCGGCUUCCUCAUGGCUCUGGGCCUCAACGGGCACCUGACCAAGCUGGCCACCCUCAACAUCCAUGACUACCUCAGCAAGGGUCACGAAAUGACCAGCAUUGGCCUAGUGCUCGGCGUCUCUGCGGCCAAGCUGGGGACCAUGGACAUGUCCAUCACACGCCUGCUCAGCAUCCACAUUCCGGCCCUGCUGCCGCCCACAUCCACGGAGCUCGACGUGCCGCACAACGUCCAGGUGGCAGCGGUUGUGGGAAUAGGCCUGGUGUACCAGGGGACCGGUCACCGGCGCAAUGCUGAGGUCCUCCUGGCGGAGAUAGGUCGUCCUCCCGGGCCAGAGAUGGAGUACUGCACAGACCGAGAAUCCUACUCUCUGGCGGCGGGUUUGGCUCUUGGCAUGGUCUGUCUUGGGCAUGGCAGUAACCUGACAGGCAUGUCUGACCUAAAUGUGCCUGAGCAACUUUACCAGUACAUGGUCGGAGGACACAGGCGUUCCCAUUCCGGUAUCAACAGGGAGAAACACAAGUCCCCGAGUUACCAGAUAAAGGAGGGAGACACCAUUAACGUGGACGUAACCUGUCCUGGUGCAACGCUUGCUCUUGCGAUGAUCUACCUAAAGACUAAUAACAGGUCUAUUGCAGACUGGCUGCGAGCCCCAGAUACCAUGUUUCUGCUAGACUUCAUUAAACCAGAGUUUUUGCUGCUGAGGACUCUUGCACGAUGUCUUAUCAUGUGGGAGGAGAUUUUACCAAAUUCUGAGUGGAUCAACAGCAAUGUUCCCCAAAUUAUACAAGAAAACAUUGAAUUAAGUGACGACAGACCAGCUUCAGAGGACUUGAAUAUGGAAACGCUGGUGCAAGCCCAUGAUUACAUCAUUGCAGGGGCAUGUAUGGCAGUAGGCUUCCGGUUUGCAGGAUCUGCUAAUUCAGAUGCGUUCGACUGCUUGUACAAGUUUGCAAGGACCUUCAUGCAGUGUUUGUCGACUUCGGCGGCUUCAGUUACGGGUCACUAUAACCUGCAGACGUGUCUGAGCAUGGUGCUGCUGUCGCUCUCCAUGGUGAUGGCCGGCUCGGGGAAUCUCAAAGUGCUCCAGCUCUGCCGCUUCCUGCACAAGAAGACCAGUGGGGAGAUGAACUAUGGCUUCCACAUGGCCCACCACAUGGCCCUGGGCCUCCUCUUCCUGGGGGGUGGAAGGUACACCCUCAGCACCUCCAACUCGGCCAUCGCCGCCCUGCUGUGUGCUCUGUAUCCCCACUUCCCGGCCCACAGCACUGACAACAGGUACCACCUCCAGGCCCUCAGGCACCUCUGUGUGCUGGCCGUGGAGCCGCGGCUGCUGGUCCCUGUGGACGUGGACACCAGCAAGCCCUGCUACGCCCUGCUGGAGGUCACCUACAAGGAGUCGCAGUGGUACGAGGAGACCACAGUGGAGCUCAUGGCCCCAGCAAUGUUGCCAGAACUGCACCUCCUGAAGCAGCUUAAAGUGAAAGGACCAAGAUACUGGGAGAUAUCCAUAGAUCUAAACAAAGGAACUCAGCAUUUGCAGUCCAUCCUCUCUCGAGAUGGCAUGCUGUACGUUAAACUGCGGGCAGGACAGCUUCCAUACAAGGACGACCCCAGAGGCUGGCAGAGCCUGCUGGCACAGAAUGUCAAUCCAAGGAACCCCGAGGUGCACUCCUUUAAGCCUGAAGCAAUCUCAGCCUUUACGUCGGACGCUGCCUUGGUUUCAUUUGCGGAAUAUUUCUGCAAACCAGCUGAAAACCUGAAGCAUAAAAAAGAUGUCCUGGCUUUAUUUUCUGCAAUUCUCUAUGAAUGUGUUACCCAAGAGAAUCCAGAAAUGUUACCAACCUACAUUGCAAUAGAUCAGGCAGUCAAAAGACUGCAGAAGAAGGAAGCCUGUGAGACCUUUGACCUUUGGCAGAUCAAGCUGGUUCUAGAAUUCUGCAGCUGCAGGGUCCUGCAGGAGAGGCUGAGAGCACCACAGGGGAAAGGCCUCCUCUUGAACUCGGAGUUCCUGCCCCUCAUGAAAUGCACUGCCGAUACCACCCUGGACCAGUGGCUGUAUGCCAACAGCGAUGUCCUCCACUCCUACAUGGGUGGCCAGGCUCACGGCGAGUCAGAAACCAACAUGCUUGCCUGCUUUCUGGUGUACCACUCGAUACCCACCCCUGCUAAGAUGGCAGACGUGGAGCUUGAAGGUGCUGCAUCGUUUGCUGACCUCCUUCUGAAGUUCACUCGGCUGGGAGUUCCUGUGCGUGCUCUCCUUCGUCUGACCCCACUGCUCUUGAAAACCACCAGCCGCCCCUUCAGUAACAUCAUGAGCUGCUUUCCAGCUUUCUAAAGUGGCGGCACCUUUUUUAGCACAUAACACUUGGCAGUUGUGAUAAAUGCAUAAGGCUGAUUGAAUAUUCCGUUCCAUAAGCCUGGAAUAUUAUUGCAGUAUCGUUUCUUACAAUGUUGUACAUAAAGUUUGAAUACUUUGGAUGUGAAAGUGUUUUUUUUUGCCUCUGUGGAUACAAUGGGAUGAAUUAAAAAAUGCACAC